AUGACUGAAGGCAUCAGCACAAUUUCUCCAUCAGGGGUUUCAACACAUUCUUCCUUUUCUCCUAGUCUGUCAGAAUCAACAAUAACAACUCUGAAAUCCUCAUCAUCAAGAGAGACGACAAAUACUCAAAGCAAUCCAUCUGAGGCACAAGCGAGUACAGAGCCACCAACAGUCACAAUGCAAAGUGCAGCUACUCAUGAGGUUAGUACUGUUGAGACAACAUCACAUUUUCAGUCAUUAUCCACACAACUACCAUUGGAAAGUGCUUCUGCCCCGGCUUCAUCUACCAAUAUGGUCUCAACCAUGCAGAAGGAAACCAGCCCUUUGUCUGCAACAAUCUCAGAACCACUUUCCACUUCCAUGUCCUCCACUCCAUUACAAACAACAAGCCCAAUUUCAGGAAUAUCACCUACCAGUGUGACCACAAAUACUGAAACAGAAGGUUCUAAAGAGCCAUCAACAGUCACCAUAAAAACGACUCCUUUUUAUGAAACCAGCUCUGUUGGAACAACAAACAUUUUAACAUCAGUUCCUCAGUCUGUCUCUACACAAAAAACAUCAGAAAGUUCUCCUACCCUCGUUUCUUCAUCCCAUGUUGUAUCAUCACCAACCAGCGGCGUGUCUACAACAGAAUCAACAUCUCCACUGACUUCCUUUUAUCCUAGUCUUCCAAAACCAAAUACUGAUAUAUUAUCUACAAUUGUUACUACUACAAUGAUUUCAGCUGAGACACAGACAACUACUACAGAACAAGUAACAAUUAGUCUUGAUACAAGUACCACCAGAAUAAUGGACCUUUCCACAUCCUCCCAACAGUCAGCUUCCUCAAUACCAUCAUCUGUGAGUGUUUCCGUCACUGAGUUACCUUCCUCUUUACGAACAACAUCGACACCUUCGUUCUCCUCCUUCCCUCCUAGACUCUCACAAUCAACUACGACUACAACAGUAACAUUUCCUACAAUGCUGACCCUAAAUACUACAAGUAAUACUUUUGAGUCACAAAGCAUAACAAGACUAUCGACAAGUGCUACAGGAACAAGACCUUCUCUGGGGACUAGUACCAUCCAAACAUCAUUCCUGUCCUCUGUUACACAGUCCACCUCUUCACCCCCGGCAUCUGAAAGUGUCUCUCACACAGGAGCAUCAUCUACAAGUAUAGAAACCAGCAGUACUCCCCCUUCUUCUACAACAUCCUCACCUCCGAUGACGGCUGUCCCCAGCAGUACUCCCCCUUCUUCUACAACAUCCUCACCUCCGAUGACGGCUGUCCCCAGCAGUACUCCCCCUUCUUCUACAACAUCCUCACCUCCGAUGACGGCUGUCCCCAGCAGUACUCCCCCUUCUUCUACAACAUCCUCACCUCCGAUGACGGCUGUCCCCAGCAGUACUCCCCCUUCUUCUACAACAUCCUCACCUCCGAUGACGGCUGUCCCCAGCAGUACUCCCCCUUCUUCUACAACAUCCUCACCUCCGAUGACGGCUGUCCCCAGCAGUACUCCCCCUUCUUCUACAACAUCCUCACCACCGAUGAAGUCUGCCCCCAGCAGUACUCCCCCUUCUUCUACAACAUCCUCACCUCCGAUGACGGCUGUCCCCAGCAGUACUCCUCCUUCUUCUACAACAUCCUCACCUCCGAUGACGACUGUCCCCAGCAGUUCAUCAGUUUCACUAAUACCAAACCCAGAAUCUUUCUCUACAAGAAGGACUACCAAUAUUCCAACUGAGACUUCCGAGAGACACACAACAGAGAUAUCCCCAUCUCACAAGAUCAGUACUGCUGAAACUACAACUCCCCCAGUCACACAGACAUCUUCUUCUCACCCAGCAUCUGAAAGUCUUUCCACCACUCUGUCACAGUCAAUGUCAAGUUCCCAACCAAUAACUACAAGAGUUACCGUGUAUACACCAACCAACAUAUCUGUGACACAUGGAACUAGCCAGCCAGAGACAGUCCCUAUUAUAAGUACUUCUACUCAGGGAGUCAGCACUGAAGAAAUUGUAAACUCUUCACCUACUCAUAGGAUAUAUACUACUAUGAAGGAAGAAGCCAGCAUGAAAUCUACAUCGGCACCAAUUACUUCCCCAUCACACAUUUCUCCUAGUCUGGCAGAAUCCACUUCUACAAGUCGGACUAGCAGUACGGAAUCUGAUACCCAAAGUACCACACAACUAACGAUGAGCACAAGAGGUGUCACACCUUCUGAACAGUCCAGUAUGGCUCCAGUAACAGUCCCACCAUCAUUCUCUCCACAAGCAUCAUCCUCUACAUAUACAGAAUCCAAAGUCCCCACUUCUGAGUUUUCUACUCUUACAUUUUCAACAACCAAGACUAUAGGAACUAGUUCUGUCCUUUCGACUUCUCUACUAACUCCUAUCUUUUCCAGUCCAUCAGUAUCAAUCAUUCCAACCUUAGGAACAUUUUCUACACAGACUUCUACUAUUAAACCAACUUAUUCUUCUGCAGCACAAAAAAUCACAGAGAUAUCAAAAGUCACGUCACUGUCUUUGGAAACCAGGACUGUAGAAACAAUAACUCCAACAGUUCCUUCACCUCCGGCAUCUGAAAGUGUCUCUCCUUCUGAGUUUCCCACAGGAGCAUCAUCUACAAGUAUAGAAACCAGCAGUACUCCCCCUUCUUCUACAACAUCCUCACCUCCGAUGACGGCUGUCCCCAGCAGUACUUCCCCUUCUUCUACAAAAUCCUCACCUCCGAUGACGACUGUCCCCAGUAGUUCAUCAGUUUCACUAAUACCAAACCCAGAAUCUUUCUCUACAAGAAGGACUACCAAUAUUCCAACUGAGACUUCCGAGAGACACACAACAGAGAUAUCCCCAUCUCACAAGAUCAGUACUGCUGAAACUACAACUCCCUCAGUCACACAGACAUCUUCUUCUCACCCAGCAUCUGAAAGUCUUUUCACCACUCUGUCACAGUCAAUGUCAAGUUCCCAACCAAUAACUACAAGAGUUACCGUGUAUACACCAACCAACAUAUCUGUGACACAUGGAACUAGCCAGCCAGAGACAGUCCCUAUUAUAAGUACUUCUACUCAGGGAGUCAGCACUGAAGAAAUUGUAAACUCGUCACCUACUCAUAGGAUAUAUACUACUAUGAAGGAAGAAGCCAGCAUGAAAUCUACAUCGGCACCAAUUACUUCCCCAUCACACAUUUCUCCUAGUCUGGCAGAAUCCACUUCUACAAGUCGGACUAGCAGUACGGAAUCUGAUACCCAAAGUACCACACAACUAACGAUGAGCACAAGAGGUGUCACACCUUCUGAACAGUCCAGUAUGGCUCCAGUAACAGUCCCACCAUCAUUCUCUCCACAAGCAUCAUCCCCUACAUAUACAGAAUCCAAAGUCCCCACUUCUGAGUUUUCUACUCUUACAUUUUCAACAACCAAGACUAUAGGAACUAGUUCUGUCCUUUCUACUUCUCUACUAACCCCUAUCUCUUCCAGUCCAUCAGUAUCAAUCAUUCCAACCUUAGAAACAUUUUCUACACAGACUUCUACUAUUAAACCAACUUAUUCUUCUGAAGCACAAAAAAUCACAGAGAUAUCAAAAGUCACUUCACCGUCUCUUGAAACUUCAGAAAAAGUAACUCCAACUGUUCCUUUACCUCCGGCAUCCGAAAGUGUUUCUGAAUCUGUGUUUUCCACACACAUAUCCUCCACCAGGAAUGUCUAUUCUACAACCACAUCAACAUCUCAUUCGAGUUCCUCAUUUCCACAUGUAUCUCAAUCAAUAUUGCCAACCACUGAAGCUUUAACAUUUACAACUCAAAGCUCUACAAAAUUCCCAACAACCACAACAAGAACAUCUUCUCUGGAGACAAUUGCUACUCAGGUGACAACUCUUUCACCCAUUACACAGCCAUCAGCUUCAUCUACAUCUCCGAUUUCCUUCUCAUCCGGUACCUCCAUGGGGCCGAUCUCAGAAGCACUUUCACCAGGAGUGACAACAUCAGAGAUACAAAGAACUACAGAGAUUUCAACUGUCACAAAGGAAACAUCUUCCCAUCAGACUAAUCCCUCAAGCCAGUCAUCACAAACACAAUAUUUAUCUUCUACGAAACCACAAUCUGAAAGUGUACCUACCUCUCCGAUUCUUACACCUAGGACCUCUCCCACUGGAAUUGAGGGGACAAAUACAAUUUCUAAAACAGCAACAUCAACAAAUAUACUGACGGGUUCCUCCGAACCAAUCAGACCAACUUCAGGAAUAUUAUCUACAAAGGGUACUACAGAGCUACCAAGUACUAGAACAACAAACCUAGUAACACAAACGCAUGAACAGUCUUCCACCCACCCCACCUCCACUCCUGUGUCUUCUACAAAGAUGACAUUGUCUACUAUAUACCCAGAUACUAGCAUUGUGUCCACAAGAAGCACACCUCCGCUCACAUCUUUUCCUCCUAGUCUAUCAGAAUCACAAACAACAGCUUCAGCUACAAGGGAGAUCACAAAUACUGAGACCAGAGGCUCUACAACAUUUAUUACUACUGAGCCGACAACAGGGCCAAGAACACCAGCUGAGACCAGCGGGUCUACAACAUUUAUUACUACUGAGCCGACAACAGUGCCAAGAACACCAGCUGAGACCAGCGGGUCUACAACAUUUAUUACUACUGAGCCAACAACAAGGCCAAGAAUACCAGCUGAGACCGGUGAGUCUACAACAUUUAUUACUACUGAGUCGACAACAGUGCCAAGAAUACCAGCUGAGACCGGUGAGUCUACAACAUUUAUUACUACUGAGCCGACAACAGGGCCAAGAACACCAGCUGAGACCAGCGGGUCUACAACAUUUAUUACUACUGAGCCGACAACAGUGCCAAGAACACCAGCUGAGACCAGCGGGUCUACAACAUUUAUUACUACUGAGCCAACAACAAGGCCAAGAAUACCAGCUGAGACCGGUGAGUCUACAACAUUUAUUACUACUGAGUCGACAACAGUGCCAAGAAUACCAGCUGAGACCGGUGAGUCUACAACAUUUAUUACUACUGAGCCGACAACAGGGCCAAGAACACCAGCUGAGACCAGCGGGUCUACAACAUUUAUUACUACUGAGCCAACAACAGGGCCAAGAACACCAGCUGAGACCAGCGGCUCUACAACAUUUAUUACUACUGAGCCAGCAACAGUGCCAACAACACCAGCUGAGACCAGUUCCAUAAUAACUACACAACAACCAAAAUCGACAUCAAUGUCUGAACAUGUUUCAACCCCUGAGUUCACUACCGGAGGUCCAACAUCUACACUGACUUCCUUCCCUACUAGAGUGUCAGAAUCUAGAAUGACGUCUUCUGAAUCGGUAUCUGCUAGAGUUACCGUCACUACACCAAAUCCAUCUGAGCCACAGAGUACAGCGCAGCCACAAACAGGAUCCACACAGCCAACUUCAGAGGUAGAAACUACAAAGCAGCUCAUCAGUUCUUCAGCCAACACAUAUGAGACACCGGGAACUACCGGGACAGCAAAAGUCACAAUGCAGAGCACACUGGGUCAAACAACGUUGUCUGCCCAUGGUGUUACUACAAGCCUAUCAAAUGCAGCUCAGCAAUCUACUACCACCCAGCCAUUGUCUACCACCCAGCCAGUGUCUACCACCCAGCCAUUGUCUACCACCCAGCCAUUGUCUACCACCCAGCCAUUGUCUACCACCCAGCCAUUGUCUACACACAUUUCACCUAACAUAACUAAAGAAACCGGCAUCAUUUCUACAACUGAAUUACAUUUCUCACUUACAAGUGUAUCUUCUACAAGACUGGCCACAAAUACUGCAAAUACUCCUGAGACAGAAAGAACGUCGGCAUUGUCCACAGUCUCAGAGAUGACAACACCCUUCCAGGAAGUCACAUCGACACCAUUAAGAAACUUCUCAACAACUACAAAGCAACCAACAUCUUUGCUUCCAGGUUCUCAAAGUCCUUCUACCUCAGGAGUUUCUACCCAUGCAACAUCAUUGAUCACAAAUGAGGAAACCGUAUUGUCUUCAAGACCAUCUACAUCUGGGGUGACCUCCCCCUCCUCCAAUGCACCACUGUCAACAAAACUAACUUCAGGGACAGUUUCCACCAUGAAGACUACUAAUACAAGUCUUCCUACUUCUCAAGCACAAGGCACUACCAAAGGGUCAAUUGCCACGUUACAAACUUCUGCGCUUUUCCAAACAAAUACCAUUCCAAGGACAAGCUCAGGCGUCACAAGGCAAUCUUCUGGGACCCCUCAGUUGGAAAUGUCCAGUCCUACAACAUCAGCAACAAGCCAGACUUCGUUAUCAAGGCCUACAUCAACAUCGGGUACUAAUUCCACCUCAACGCAGACUUCCAGAACCCCAAAUCCACAGAAUCCCCCUACAUCUCCAGCAACUAGCCCAACGACUACAACCACCACCCCUUCAACCACAAGGACUACACCAUCUACAUCCACAAUGACUACAAUCACAACAAAUACAACCACUCUGAAGACGUCUGCACAUGUUAUGGGUUCUACAGCUGCACCGUGUAUAAGUAAUGAAAGUCAGCAAUGUUCUUAUGUCAAUGGCGUAUGUUCCUGCACUUGUAACAAAGAUUACAUAGGCAACAAAUGUGAAUACGGAAAGAAUCAGACUGCCGCCAAUAUCGAUAAACAACGUGCACCAUCCAGAGACGUCUAUGUAGUGAUCUCCUUACAAACACCAUUCCAAAAAGAAUUAUCAGACCCGUCGUCCCAAGAUUACAUGAACCUUGAACAGAAAUUGCUGAGUGUUCUCACCGGGAUUUUCCGGAGAGUCGCUCCCAAUUUUUUUGUGAAGGCGAUCAUCUUCGGUUUCAGUGAAGGAAGUGUGGUUGUGAAUAGCAGUGCAGUGUAUUUGUACCCCAAUAACCAGACCGGAAUUAACUUCAUCAACAACGGCCUGGAGGGAGCUCUGAACUCCUCGCUGGUCAGCUCAUUGGCAGACAUCAGCCAAUCGGUGAACGCCAGCGCAUCUUUGCGCAAUGUGGCCGCUACUACAACAACUAUAACACAGGUGGACCAGCUGAAGGAAUAUGUGAAUUGUAGUUUGGACUACUCCGGGUACACAGUCACAUGUGACAACCAGACCUGCUUCUGUACCGGGCCGUGCUUCAAUGACCCCGCCUACUGCAAUCACCACGGCGAAUGUUUCAAUGCGCUCAAUGGCUCCAUAUGUCAGUGCUACAAUGAUAAGUUCUAUCAGUACAGCGGCCCGCAGUGCGAAUUCUACGAUCGCAGCGCCGGAUUCUAUGGACUGAUCUUCGGCAUUAUCGGUGGAGUGAUCCUUCUUCUCAUCGUUCUGAUCUUCACAGUCAUUUUCCUCAGGAGGAGGAGGAUGUUUGUUUGGAAGACGGAGAGAUGUGACUCCAAGACGUGGUUCACGUAUGAUGAAGAACGAACCAACUUCCAGCACACCGAUAUGGACGCCUUGGCUAGAGCCAGCAUGGCGGCGUUUUCACCCAAAACCGGAAAAUAUUCCUUGGAGGAGAACCCCUAUGUGACCAUGCCUUCAGGAACGUAUCUGCCCAAACUUGAUCAAGUGGACACCACCCUACCGUUCAAGAUUAAAAGGCCGGAGGUGAUGAUGCCCCCCACAGGAGAGAGGUGAUCGGAAUUCGUCCUACGAAUGUCACCGCGCCACGUGGGUCUCCGCAGCAAAGUCACAUUGUACCUCACUUCUACGAAUGUCACCUUAAAGGGGAAGGGGUUCUCCUUCGAGUCUCAGGACCGUCUCUGAACUGGAGAUAUUCUGCUCUACACUGCGCACUUCCUGUUUAGAGUAUCACUGCCCUCAGCCAAUCCCAACGCCUCCUGACCUCCCCCUGUCCGGGUGUAAAACGCACUUAUCAGAACCAUGGAUAUCUGCCGGGGUCGCCAUAUUUCCUUAUCCCGGUAUACACGCCGGACUCCAAGCUUCAUACAGUGAUUGCACUUUACUGCUCCUCUCCAUCCAUAGCAUGGGGGGCGGCGGGGCCUAUUCUGUAGGUGGUUCACUUCCAGAAAUCAUUCAGAAACAUACAGGCAGCCUCUAAAGGAAGAAACUACAAGUCAGAAAAAGGAAAUACAAAGAAAAGAAAACUCCCUCAUUAAUCUCCAGCACUUUCUAUAUCGGGAGUUUUAUUGAAGCCAUAAAAAUAAACGAAGCACUUCCCCCGACGAAUGUCUUCAUUAUAUAUUUACAUUUAAAGCACUAAUUUGCACUUUUUUUACUCCUAAUUGUUUUAUUGAAAUGUAUUUUUCAUAGGAAUAGAUGAUACUUUUAUAUGUGAUACAUUGUUAUAAAUUGUGAUACAUUGUGAUAAUGAACAAAGCGCGUUCACCAUGCACUCUGUUCUGCGAUCGAAGGUGAACAUUCGCACUUCUAUAUAUUUAAUAUUGUGUAACAAACAUGAGGCGUGGUUCCCGGGAGAACUGCGCGGAGUUUGUGUCGUAGGAUUGCGCUAUAUAUAUUCUAUAUACUGUAUAUUGGUAUAAUGUGGAUCGAGGUUUACACUGGAUAAGAAUGCUUGAAUGAAAAUUAUUUAUAUGACUGAAAUAAAUACAAAUACCUCAUA